AUGCUGCUGAAGAUGCGCUCGCAGACCACCGUUGAUGCCACAGGCCCUGACCAUGGCGUCGGUGGCCAUCGAGAGGCGGUCGACGACACGCAGCUCCUGGCCGAAUUGGGUUACAAGCAGGAGCUGCGACGACAGUAUUCGACUUUAGAAAUCUUUGCGGUCGCGUUCAGUAUCAUGGGCUUGGUUCCGUCGAUCGCGUCCACAAUUGCAUUCUCACUUCCAGCUGGGCCAGUCGGGAUGGUUUGGGGAUGGUUUACGGCGAGUAUCCUCAUCUUCUUUGUCGGUCUUGCGAUGGCGGAUAUGGCGUCCGCGAUGCCCACGGCCGGCGGUCUAUACUGGUGGACACAUUAUUUCGCGGGUGAGAAGUACAAGAACCCGUUGAGCUUCUUGGUCGGAUACAGCAACACCCUUGGGUUAAUUGGUGGGAUGUGCUCGGUUGACUACACGCUCUCGCUGCUGCUGCUCGCGUGCAUCUCGAUCUCGCGUGACGGAGAGUGGUCCGCGUCCAACGGGACCAUCUACGGGGUCUAUGUCGGGGUGAUUCUCGUGCACGCCGUGUGCGCUGUGUUCGCCGGACCGAUCAUGAACAAGAUCCAGACGUUUUCGAUUUUCGUCAACGUGGCGAUGAUAAUCGCAACGGUGGUCGCGCUUCCCGUCGGCAAAAUCAGCCGCGGCCAGUCGCUCAACCCGGGCUCGUAUGUCUUCGGGGACGUGGAGAACCUGACAACGUGGCCGACGGGCUGGGCUUUUGUGCUGUCGUUCCUGGCCCCGAUCUGGUCGAUUGGCUUCUUCGACUCGUGCGUGCAUAUGAGUGAGGAGGCGCUGCAUGCGGCCAAGGCGGUGCCGUUGGGGAUCAUCUGGUCCUCGGGUUGCGCCACGUUCCUGGGGUUUUUGGUUCUGUCCGUGAUUGCCGCGUCGAUGGACCCGGACGUUAGUAAGACGAUGAGCUCGAAGUUCGGGCAGCCCAUGGCGCAGAUCUACUAUGACGCUCUCGGAAAGAAGGGAGCUCUCGGCUUUACCGGAGUGCUGAUUGUUAUUCAAUUCCUCGUCGGACUGAGUUUGAUCGUCGCUGCAUCCCGGCAAACAUGGGCCUUCUCCCGCGACGGUGCCCUCCCCUUCUCCGGCUACCUCCGCCACAUCAGCAAACGCAUCCGGUACCAGCCAGUCCGGGCAAUCGUCGCAUUCGUCGCCGUGUGCAUCGUCGCCGGUCUGCUCUGCCUGAUCAACUCGAUCGCAGCCAAUGCGCUGUUCUCCCUGUUCGUGGCGAGCAACUACGUCGCCUGGGGCACACCGAUUCUCUGCCGGGUGAUCUGGAGCAAGAAGCGCUUCCGGCCGGGCGAGUUCUACACGGGGAAGUUCAGCCGGCCGAUUGCCAUUGUGGCGAUCCUGUGGUUGAUCUUUGGGCUGAUGCUGUCGAUGUUCCCGAGCGGAGGACCGAAUCCAACUCCGUCGACGAUGAACUAUACCAUUGUGAUCAACGGCUUCGUGUGGGUUGCAUGCAUGACGUAUUACUUCCUGUUCGCGCGGAAAUGGUACACCGGCCCGAAGAUGACUAUUGAUUCGUCGGAGGUGGUAACCCAGCCUGAGAAGGAUGCAACCAACUGA